UCAGCUUAUAUCAGUGAAACUUUUAAAAAGUUACGCUUCGAAGUUGACAUUUAUGAAGAUUUGACAACUUCUGAAUUAGAAAAUGUUCUGUUGAAGUAUCAAAGAAUGGACCACAGUUAUUAUGGUGCUUUCGUCUGUUGUAUAUCUAGUCACGGAUUAUACGGAGACAUAGUAACAAAAGAUGGUUUGAUACCAAUUUUAAAAAUUACCGAUUUUUUCUCAGACUCUGCCUGCCCUUCGCUUAAGAAAAAGCCGAAAAUGUUCUUCAUCCAAUGUUGCCAAAAAGGUUGUUGA